CUUGGAGAGCAGGCUGCAAGAGCGCUGCAGCCAGAGUUAAGAGGCAACCGCGGCUGCAAGCCCCAGAGCCAUGGGGCGGGCGCGGGAUGCCAUCCUGGACGCUCUUGAAAACUUGACAGCGGACGAGCUCAAAAAGUUCAAGAUGAAGUUGCUGUCAGUACCACUGCGCGAGGGCUACGGCAGAAUCCCACGGGGGGCCCUGCUGCCAAUGGACGCCAUAGACCUCACAGACAAGCUCGUCAGCUUCUAUGUGGAGGCUUAUGCCACAGAGCUCACAGUGACCUUGCUUACAGACAUGGGCAUGCAGGAGCUGGCCAAGGAGCUGCAAAAGGUCGCUAUAGAAGAGUCUGGUGCUGUGGCAGCUGCAACCAGGGCCCCUGCUCAGAGGGCUGACAGGACAGCACAUUUUGUGGACCAACACAGGCAAGCACUCAUUGCCAGGGUCACAUGUGUUGAUGGGGUGUUGGAUGCUCUGUAUGGCAGAGUGCUGACUGAAGGUCAGUACCAGGCUGUUCGCGCAGAGGCCACCAAUCAAAACAAGAUGAGGAAGCUCUUCAGCUUUGCUCCAGCCUGGGACCUGACGUGCAAGAACUUGCUCCUCAGUGCCCUGAAGGAAACACAGCCCUACUUGGUGGCCGACCUGGAGAGAAGCUGAGUUAUCUUCUCCAGCUACAGCCCCUACACAUCUAGCUCCUGACAUUGUAUGCUCAGUUCAAAAAAAAAAA